AUGACUUGGCUUGAAACGACAAAUCGCAAAAUCGCGGCCAGCGCUGUUGGCCGCUGGUUUCAGCUCGAAGGCUCCGGUCAUGCCCGGGAGCGCAAAGGGUCUCUGUUUUUUACCGAGAUCCGAGCUGGCCUCGCAAUCUUCUUCGCCAUGGCCUACAUCAUUGCUGUCAACGCCUCUAUUGUCUCCGAGAGUGGCGGUACCUGUGUUUGUUCCGAUGGGGGCACUUGCGACGAUAACGAGGAGUACAUGCUGUGUGUCCAGACUGUCAAGCGCGACGUCGUAACAGCCACUGCCGCCAUCUCCGCGCUCUCCACCUUCUGCAUGGGCCUCUUUGCCAAUCUUCCCGUCGGUUUGGCUCCUGGAAUGGGUCUCAAUGCCUAUUUCACCUAUACCGUUGUUGGUUACCAUGGUACUGGAAAUAUUCCAUUCGAAGUCGCACUCACCGCCAUCUUCAUUGAAGGCUUCAUCUUCUUCGGUCUCGCCCUCUUUGGGAUGCGUCAGUGGCUCGCUCGUGCCAUCCCUCGCUCCAUCAAAGUCGCCACCAGUGUCGGUAUUGGCCUGUUCCUUACCCUCAUCGGUCUCACCUACAGCGAGGGUAUCGCUCUCAUCGUACCAGGUACCGCAACACCGACCGAGCUUGCCGGUUGCGACCCCUUGAAAAUGGUGGAUGGCGUUUGUCCUUCAUCGGAGAAGAUGCGCUACCCGGCCAUGUGGAUCGGCAUCUUCUGCGGCGGCAUCUUCACAACCAUGCUUAUGCUGUACCGUGUCAAGGGCGCCAUCAUCUUCGGCAUUUUGCUCGUCAGCAUCAUCUCGUGGCCCCGAGGCACUCCCGUCACCUAUUUCCCCUACACCACCCUUGGAGAUAGUUCCUUCGACUUUUUCAAGAAUGUUGUUGACUUUCACAAGAUCCAGAAUAUCCUCAAUGUCCUGAAGUGGGAUGUUUCGGGCUACGGAGGCCAGUUUGGUCUCGCCAUUAUCACCUUCCUCUACGUUGAUAUUCUCGACUGCACUGGUACCCUGUACGGCAUGGCCCGUUUUGCAAACCUUGUCGACCCAGUGACCCAGGAUUUCGAGGGAUCUUCCACCGCCUACAUGGUAGAUGCUUUGAGCAUCUCUGUCGGUGCUGUUCUCGGCGUCCCUCCAGUCACCGCGUUUGUCGAAUCAGGCGCUGGUAUCUCGGAAGGUGGAAAAACUGGAUUGGCUGCCAUGGUCGCUGGUGUCUGCUUCUUUAUCUCCGUCUUCUUCGCCCCGAUCUUUGCCUCGAUUCCUCCGUGGGCCACUGGCUGUGUCCUUAUUCUUGUGGGCUCAAUGAUGGCCAGCUCCGUCACUGAGAUCAACUGGAAGUACCUGGGGGACGCUGUUCCCGCAUUCAUUACUAUCGCCUUCAUGCCCUUCACCUACUCCAUUGCAGAUGGUCUGAUCGCCGGAAUUUGCACCUACAUGCUGAUCAACACCCUCGUCUGGCUUAUCAAAAUUGCCUCUGGAGGCCGCAUUGUGCCCCCUAAUUAUGAGGAGAGAGAUGGAUGGACUUGGCGCAUCCCAGGUGGCGUCCUGCCGCCAUGGUUGGUUAGACUUUCUAAGGGAAAGAAAGACUUCUGGCGUUCGGAUGAGCCAGCUGUGGUUGAGACUGUUGCUCAGGGUGACAACUCUGGUGCUGAAAGGAGUACAAGCUCCGAUCACGGUGGCUUUGAGGGAGUGAAGGUGACAGACACCACGCCUGCACCUCAGACCAAGGAGACCACCAAGGAGGCCUAG